AUGUCUGCCCGCGAUGUCCAGAGCCACCCCGUGGGCGAGAACAAGUCUGGUGGCGUCUUCGGCGCCAUUCGCAACACAUUUGGCCUCGGUGAGAACGUCACCAGCGCCGAGAAGGUUGUGAGCGAGCGUGUCGAGACCGUGACAACCUCCACCAGCGCCAGCGCCGCGAGCAAGGAGACCACCGACGAGUGGCGCAAGGCCGAGGCCGAGACCGUGCGUGCCGAGCAGGCCGCUGCCAAGGCCGAGGUCCUCGCCUCCAAGGUCGACACCAUCAAUGCCCAGGCAGCCGAGGCCGCCAAGCUCAAGGCUGAGGCGGAGCGUAAGCUGCGCGACACCCAGGGUCGCAUCUCCGACCUGGAUGGCCAGGCCGAGAGCAAGCAGGCUGAGGCUGCCGACCUGGAGAGGCAGCUGCAGGCAGCCCGCGCCGCAGCCGCCCAGGCCGAGCGCCGCCGCGCGGUGAUCCUGGAGGAGGCUUCCAAGUCCUCCGCCCCCGCCGCCGACCUGAAGGCUGAGGCUGACAAGCUGGACGCCGAGUCCGAGGCCGCGCACAAGAAGGCCAUCGACCUGCAGAAGCGUAUCGACGCGCUGCGCACCUCCAAGCCCGCGCAGCAGGCUGCGGAGCGUGAGGAGGAGGCUGCGCGCCUGCGCGCUCAGGUGGGCUCCCUCCAACGCGAGCUGACGGCCGAGGAGCGUGUGGCUGCGGAGAAGCAGCAGGCGGCCGACACCGCGAUGCGCGCCGCAUCCGACAAGAUCCGUGAGGCUGACGAGAUCGCCAAGGUUUACUGGGCCGCCCGCGAUCUGUCCAAGGAGCUGGAGGCGCAUGCCAAGGAGUUGGCCAAGGAGGCCGCUGAGGCCGCCAAGGAGGCGGAGCGCAAGCGUGCGGCUGUCGACAAGCUGGACGACCGCGCAGAUGGCGCGGAGCGUGCGGCCGAGGAGGCUCUGCAGCGCAAGGCCGAGCUGGAGCGCGAGGCCCAGGCCCUGCUGGGCUCCAAGGCCAGCGCCGAGGACCGUGCCGCGCAGCUGGAGCGCGAGGCCGCCGCGCGCCGCGCGCAGGCGGGCAAGCACGAGGAGAUUGCUGUGUCCAAGCGCACCGAGGCCGAGCGCGUGGUCAUCCCCGUCGUCCCUGACUCCGACCUGGCGCGCCGUGCUGAGGAGGCGCGUCGCGCCGCCGACGCCGCCGCCGCCAAGAAGGAUGGACUGGACUCGGAUGUCGAGCGUCUGCAGAAGCUGAAGCUGGAGGCGGAGGCAGCCAGCCAGGAUAAGCUGUCCAGUGUGACCACGUACCGCGAUGAGGCCCUGGCCCUUAAGCAGAAGGAGGAGGAGCACUGGGCGCGCGCCAAGGAGCACGGCGAUGCGGCGCGCGGGAUCUCCAAUGAGGAGACUAAGCGCAGGCUGCAAGCCGUCGGCAGCGGUGGCACCACCGCCCAGCACAGCGAGGUGGAGCAUCAGAAAGUGACUGCCACCAGCAACCGCGGUCGUGUGGAGAGCAGCGAGUCAGGGCAGAGGGAGGAGAUUACCACCACCAACCUGGCUGACACCGUGCCCAGCAAGCCCAAGGGCACCUCUGCCGGGCGGGUGGAUCUUCCCGUCAAGGAGACUACUGAGCAGUACCGCAAGGAGGAGAAAGCAAAGCAGGAGUCCACCAUCAAGCAGUGA